GAGAAAGUAGGACUCAAAAACUGCUGGAUAUUUCCAUAACGAAUGAUUCCACAAGAGAAAUCGAGACCGAACAAUCUUGACAAGAGCGAGCUGUCUGCACUGUUAAUAUCUAUUCUGGUGCCGUAGUAGCAGGCAGGCUAGCUGGCUAACGUUACAGUUGGCAUAUAGCUGGCUAACUACAAACAAAGAGAGGAGGAAAGACUAAAGGAAUAUAACUCAACAAAACGAUUCCGUUGUCUUUGAGGAGCAGGAAACUGUCAUGAUGUUUCCACAAUCCAGGCACUCAGCUUCGUCUCAGCAGCUUAAGUUCACGACGUCGGACUCGUGUGACCGGAUCAAGGACGAGUUCCAGUUUCUCCAAGCACAAUACCACAGUCUGAAGCUUGAGUGUGACAAGCUGGCGAGUGAGAAGUCAGAAAUGCAGCGUCACUAUAUCAUGUAUUAUGAGAUGUCCUACGGCCUAAACAUCGAAAUGCACAAACAGGCUGAGAUUGUGAAGAGAUUAAAUGGAAUAUGUGCUCAAGUCCUGCCCUACCUGUCACAAGAGCACCAGCAGCAGGUCCUGAGUGCUAUAGACAGAGCUAAACAAGUCACUCCUCCAGAGAUGAACUCCAUCAUUCGGCAGCAGCUCCAGGCUCACCAGCUCUCCCAGUUACAGGGUCUAGCCCUGCCCAUGACGGCCCUGCCCCUGGGCCUGACCCAGCCCACGCUGCCGGCCGUCACCUCCACGCCCGGCCUCUUCUCGCUCUCCAGCAUCCUGGCCUCGCAGGCCCAGCUCGCCAAGGAGGACAAGAACGCCCGCGAGGGAGGCGACAGCCACCGCGAGGAGGACGGGGACAAAUCUGAUUAG